UUGUACAGCGGCCGACUUCAAAUAAAAACUUUUUCUUCGCUGCUACUCUCUUAGCCUCGCCGUGUAUCGUUGGUCUCAGUUCCGUCCAUAUUUGAUUCGUCGAUCCAGACUAGGUUAGUUGCUAUCUAGCUGCAAUGGGUACCCAGACGGUUGUGCAUGAUCAGGCUAGAUGGGCAAUGGCUGCAAUGGAACGAAGGCUCGCUGUUGCAAAAGCUCAGCUUCUUCAACAACAACAGAAGAGUGAGAAAGACAAGAAGGGAACUUCUGAUGUAGAUGUCUCUACGAAAGAAUCACAUCAAGCUGAUUCACUGCCUACUCCCUCAAAGACGUCGAUUAAAAAAGUAGAUCCCAAGGAUGAUGAUUCUGUUGCAUAUACAAGAUUGUCCCAUCCUGUUGAUGAGAAUUUGCUGGCAACCAAUGUUAAGUUUUCUAGUGCAAAGGGAACUAUAGUAGACAAGGUUUUGCAUAACCUUCUUCGAAGCGGUGACUCUGCUCAAAAGUACUUGCAAGGUACUAAAAGUGUGAAGCUGGACAACUAUAUCCUCCUUGAUAACUUUGUACAGUCACGGUCUUCAGCCUCUGGUUCUAAAAAGGCAUCACAGAAGGAUUCAAAACGUUCUAGAAGCCGUAUGUCUAUGAAGCGACUCAAGAAAUCUGGUGCUUUGCAUAUGCCUAAAGAUCUCCAAAAGUUUGAUUUGUUUAAGCCAAUGCAUUGUAUGUGGGAAAGUUAUAUGAUGAAACUCAUCAAGGUGACCGGGAAGAUUCAAUUAUCUUUAACUCUUCUCUCAGCAGAUCUUCACGGUGCUUUCAUGUUUGUUGCUGAGUGCAAGAUAGCAUCAUUCACUGGUGUACAAGGCAUAAUGGUGCGCGAGACAUCUGAAACAUUUGGAAUAAUCACAAGAGACGACAAAUUUCGAGUUGUACCCAAGAAGCUCUCUGUCUUUAUCAUCCAACUUGACUGCUGGAAGAUUACAUUACAUGGGGACAAGUUUAUUUCAAGAGACAAUAUUGUUCAACGUUGAUGCUAAAAUGAAGCUCUUGUCUUUUGUCUUUUGCUCGUAGUAGAAAUCAACUACCUUUGAUGACCACAAUAAUCCACAGAAGCACCCUAGUCUCACAAGAUUUUGCUUUAGAUCUUCCCUUAUGUACCCUACUCUAAUAUAUUUCUUAAUCUUUUGAUUUCUGUAAAUAUACUACUGUGUUAUUGUUAAUACUAAUUUUUAUUAUUA